AUGGCGUCUCUCCACCAUACUUCCAACGAGACUAUUCCUCAGCCACCACAAACCCCUAGGCAUAAUGCCACCCGUGAUCAACGUAUCGCAGCGCGUACACUACGCGCGAAGGGCUACACCUAUGCUCAAAUUGCGGCAGACCUUCAUAUUACACAGCGUCAGGUUCAAAAGGCUUGCACUGAUAAUAGGCCUACACCUCGCAAGCCCCCUGGCGCGCGCCGAAAGCUAUCAGAAGAACAGCUAGAUGAGAUUAUAGAUUUUAUCCGCACUUCCAAAGAGACACGACGAAUGCCUUUCUCUCAGCUUAUACAGGAACUACACCUUUCUGUGGGCACUGAAACUCUUCGACGGGCCCUCGCAAGGCGUGGAUAUCACCGAUGUAAGGCCCUUCGAAAGCCUCCUUUAUCUGAUCGUACGCGAGCAUUACGUCUGACCUAG